UCGUCUUCCCUCACCGUUGGCCCGCAUGUGAUUAACGUUUUCCUAGUGUCGUGGCCAAUUUAUUAUUUAUUAUAUAUUCUUAUUAUAUUAUAGUGUUGACGAUGGGUCCAGUAUAUCGACGGAGGCAAUAGACUCGCAGGAAUUCCUGUGACAAGCUUAACACACAAUGUUUUCUUUAUGCCGACGUUACAAAGACGAACACGAACAUGGCGCUACACAGAUUAAAGGAGGCUACAUGCUUCGAUACAAACGUAAAUACUUGUGGAACACGUGGUCUGAGGAGUGGGUGGUGCUCUACGACGACUCCACCAUGGCCUGGUUCAAGGAUGCUUCAGGCAAAUGCAUGGCGACCCAGAAACACCUGGUAAAGGAAAGUCCAGAAAUGCUGGCCAUCUCCAGCUGGACCGGCCAAGUUCCCAAGAGACCACCUCUACCCCCUGGGACCAAGUUGUCGCAGCUCAUGGCUCUCGGCUCGCGAAGAAACCCUGGCCACGUAGUCUGGAUGCUUGCCAAAUCCGACUCUGAAAUGAGGGAAUGGAUGAGCGCUAUUUCAAAAACACUGCCUCCACCUCCUCACAUCGAGCUGGUGAUGUCGAUGCCGUACCUCCGUACAGCCUUCAAACGACCCACCGUAAGGGUCAGGCCUACAACAUCGGCGGACAUGUUCUCCCGUUCAUCUCGCAACGCCGUAGGUGCGUUGGACGGACGCGGUCUGGUGGCAGUCAUUAAGCGACAAGUACCCCUGGCUGGGCAGCUAGACCACGAGCUUGCUUGGGGACAGGGAUGGGGAUGGGUCACGCUGCCGAAUGGAGCUUGGAGUGGCAGAUUAACAUGGUCUCAGGAGGGUGACGACUUCGCCCUUCACGCGAUGCCCAUCAUGCAUCAUACAAAUGUUUCACAGGCCUGCUCCAUGCUGGAUGGAGUCACAGCCUAUGAGGCCUCAGCCUACGAACAGGCCCUGGCCGAAUACGACGACACUGCCACAACCUCCGAUGACUGGGACUUCGGAGUCGACUGCGGUGACUUCAUGAUGUAAUUGUCAUACUGAUAUUACCUGUUUUACGAGCGAUAACGCAAUUAUAUUUCGUUCCAAAUUGCAUUUUGGAUUCAAUUUAUAUUAUUUACCAACAACAUUGUUAUUUAGUUACAUUUAAUUUUGAUGAUGUCAUUGCUCAAGCCUGGUGUUGAUCUUGUGCUGGUCACGAUAUUUAUGUGCCAAAUAAAAUCCAACAGUAAAAUAAUUAUAUAAAUGUUGUGUCUAUGAUUAUGAAACAAUAAUUCGAAGUGUUCUGAAUCUUGAAUUGACAUUUCUAGGGGUUUAAAACUCUUCACUAGUUGCAUGUUCUUUAGACGUAACUGUGGUUGUCAUAUAGAAAGAUGUGUGUAGUAAUAAAGUUUAGAUUCUCUUAUUCUAUCUACGGCCUAUAACACGUAGACGAAGUUCAAUAAAUUUAGACAUAGACUUUAAAGCACUGAUGUAGGACUGUCGGAUGAAAAAUCUCCCAAUUUAUUAUAUUAAUUAAGUUUGUCCUUGCUUCAUUUUUACAUAUAGCAUUUACCGGUUUUUUAUAACCUUAUCAAUUUAACCCUAUAAUUUUUCCAAAGAAAUUUUAAAACUUUUGAAUAAUUUUAGUGUACGAAUACAGGGUAAUAUUAUGCCAAUAUUGCAUAUGUUUGUAUUCUACGCGUGGAUCUGACGUCGCACAAAACAAUUGUUCUUAUCAAUAAAAAAAUAUUGCGUUCAGUUUUAGCUGUAAGUCAAAUUCGCUUUGUCCCAUGACACCAAUAACAAUGAAAUUAUUAUGAACCACUGUAUUGUGGGAGAUAGGUAAGUUAAUAAACUCGGUGUUAGUAUGUAGUAUGUGGUCGGUAGAAAAUUAUUUUCUAAAUACCCCGUAAUGGCAGCGAGGCAGCCGAAAAGUUUGAAGGAAUAAGUAAAGAUGCGUUUACAACGGACAGUAUUGCAAAAUAUGAGAGACAAAAAUGCACAGAAAGGAAACUGAAUUGAACAUUAUACAUAGAUACAAGCUAAUAUAUGAGCUUGAACCUAUACUGUCUGUUAUAAAUGUUAUGAGACAUGUGACAUGACAUUUCUGUGAGGGAUGUCUCAAGUGGAAUAGUUAGUUGGGGUAUUGUCGAAUAUAUAGUUAUACCUAGUCGCUGUGAAAUCUUCCGACCUACCCAAAGACUGCCUAACGUUAUGUACCUAUACUUGUGUUGUGUGAACCCUAGGUGUGGUACCUCGUGAUCCUGGCCCUGCGGAAUUUGCAUCGCAGGACUUUAUAUCCGAAAUACGUAAAAACUGCAUUAACACUUAUAAAACAGAUAGAGUGAAGUCGUUGCCAAAUUCUUCCCAGGUCGUUACCUAAGGAUACCAAAGAUACAUAGGUAUUAGAUAACAGACUUUCUGAAAUUAUAUCUCACCAGCAUCAAUAUCAAGGGAUUUCGAUAAUUCUUCUUUCAAUUAAUAUAUUUAUCUCCGUUUGAGGAGCAACGUUUGUAAAUUAUGAAAAUACAAAAGUUACUUAGGAGUCGUAUAAAAUAACUAACUUUCCUACUGCCUUCGGAAUCACAGUUUAAAUAUGUUCAAUAAAAAUUCGGUGUCUAAAAUCUUGCGAUGCAAUGUAGUUGUAGAAGCAAAUUAUAUAUGAAUUAGAUAUUAUACAUAUAUCUUACGCUAUUUCGAUGUUUCUCAUAAAUGUGUUGUCUAUGAUAUAUGUUUUCUUUGUGUACAAAUAUUGUAUGAGUUUUUAUAAAUUUUUUACUAAAUAUUUGUAAUAUAGUAACACUAACGGUCGACGCUGGUUUCGUCACUUAAAAUAUUUUUGUAUCGCGCACGUUUGAAUCGAUUUUUUUUUUUUUUUUUAUAUUUCUAUUUAGACCAAUAUUAAGUGUUAAUUGAAUGUAAUAUGUAUUUGUUCGUUACAGCUAGUGCUGCCAAUCAAUAUUUUCUUUUACAUUUACGUUCUAACACACUCCAGGAAAAGAUAUUACUAAUAUAAAUGAAACUAGUAUUAUUCGGAUUUACUACGCGGAUUUUAUUAUUUAAAAACUACAUAAUCCCGACGUUUCGGUUACUUUGCAGCAACCGUGAUCACGGGCAGACUAGUUUUUAAAUAAUAAAAUCCGCGUAGUAAAUCCGAAUAAUACUAGUUUCAUUUAAAUGAAUACUCGCGAAAAUCUUAGAUCUCAUUAUAUUACUAAUAUAGUUUUUUAUGUAAAUCAAAUUUAUAUAUCCUCUAUUUUAUUGAUUUAAUACCAUUUCUAAUGCAAUAUAAAUCGAAUUAACGGAUAGUUUGUGUUUUUUCACAUAUUGUUGGCUGUAUUGUAAUUGUUUGUUUUUUUUUUUUUUAAAUAAAUAUGUAUUAAUUCGCAGUGAACGCAUUGUAACGGGAACGUAGAGUCCUCGUUAGUAGUUCUGGAUGUUUGUAUGUAACUUUUAUAUAAUAAACCUGUAUGGUAA